AUGAAGAGCUUCACUGACACAAUCAUCAUCAUUAAUAAGAAUAGAGAAAACCAGAUCUUAGGCCUGCAGCAGAAGAUUGAACAUUUACACAGACAGGUGACUACACUGAACCUGAAGAUCUCAUCACAAUUAUUCACAAUCUCUUCAGAAGUGUAUACAUCAUCAGAGACUGCUGUACAGAAUAAGAAUCUGAGUAUGAAAUACAUCAAGUCAGAAGAUCUGCUGAAGCUAUUAAGCUUUAAUAGCAACUGA